UGAUACUAGAACUUGAUAAAUUUCUUUGUUAAAAUUGUUAAAUGUAUUUAUUAUUCAACUUAAAAAUGGGUGGAGAAAAAUCUUGUAAAAGUAAAUGAAUUUAAUUGAGAGAAUUUGGACCCUUUUGAGACAUUGCAAUAUCAUGAAAAUGUCAAUAUUAAUGUAUGUACUUAGUUAUAUUUUAAUGUCAUGAUAAUAGAGAGUUAACCGUCCAAAUCGAUUCUCAUUCCACAUUAUAAGCUAUAGUUCUCACAAUAAGCUAGAUAGAACUAAGCAUUUCUUCAAUAGUAUAAAAAAAAAAUAAAAAAUUCAAGGUUGGCUAACUAAUAAAAAAGGCAAAAUAAAGCCAACCUCAACUAUCCUUGACAAUGAUUAAAUUGUAUUUUAAUUGCUCAUAAGUUCAAAUCAAAGCAAUCUAGACUUCUUUAAUCAAUAAUUCAUCAUCACAAACUAUUAAUUAUAUUAUAUUUAGAAACCUUAUUAUAAAAUUUAUUACAUCUUUUCCUUUUCUUUUUGGUCCGGCCUCAAAGAUGGCCAAUUAAGCCCAAAAAAAAGAAAAAGAAAAAAAGAUUCCUAAUACCAACAUGCCAUGAUCUUUGCCAACUCCAAAGAUGAUCAAAUUAAAGCAUAAAAUUAAAAUCCCUUCCAAAAAAUAAAUAAUAAAUAUAAAAGGCUAAUUUUGUCAUUUCAUCCUAAUAUCAAAGGCAAAAAACAAGCAAAAUCAAAUCCCAAAUUAUAUUACAUCAAUUAUAGAAUUACUAAAAUACCCCCACUUCAAGUCAUCCUUCAUCCAUCCUUUUUGUUGCGCACAAAUUGGACAUAUAGAGAGAGAGAGAAAAAAAAAUACUUGUACAUGAAUUGAAGAGAGAGAAAGAUAUGUUUGUUUCUUGUAUUUUGUUUGACAUUGUUAUACAACCCAUUUUCAUUACAAAAUCAUCAUCAUCAUCAAAUAAUUUUUCUGGGUUUUUCUUCAUAUCUUACAUUUCAUAAAUCAUUACAUUUUAAUCAAUAUAUACACAUUAUAUAAUACAUAAUAAUUGUUACAUAAAAAGAUUGCAUUUUUAUGGGAACAUUUCAGAGCUUUCGAAAAGCCUAUGGAGCGCUUAAGGAUUCUACCACCGUUGGCCUUGCAAAAGUCAACAGCGAAUUCAAGGAUUUGGAUAUAGCUGUGGUGAAGGCGACGAAUCAUGUUGAGGCUCCUCCAAAGGAACGACAUGUUAGAAAAGUUUUUGCUGCAACAUCAGUCGUUCGGCCACGAGCAGAUGUUGCUUAUUGUAUUCAUGCAUUAGCAAGGAGAUUGAACAAGACCAAAAAUUGGAUUGUUGCUAUAAAGGUAUUGAUAGUUAUUCAUAGGACAUUAAGAGAGGGAGAUCCUACAUUUAGGGAGGAGCUACUGGCUUACUCACACAGAGGACAUGUCCUUCAAAUAUCGAAUUUUAAGGAUGAUUCAAGCCCUCUAGCAUGGGAUUGUUCUGCUUGGGUUCGUACAUAUGCACUCUUCCUCGAGGAAAGGCUCGAGUGUUUUAGGGUCUUGAAGUAUGACAUUGAGGCAGAACGGUUGACAAGAUCUUCACCAGGUGCAAGUAAGGUACAUAGUAGAACACGGCUAUUGACUGCUGAGGAGCUGUUGGAGCAACUACCUGCUCUUCAGCAGCUUCUGUUCCGGUUGAUGGGUUGUCAGCCUGAAGGAACAGCUUGCACAAAUUAUCUCAUACAGUAUGCUCUAGCUUUGGUGCUGAAAGAGAGUUUCAAAAUUUACUGCGCGAUUAAUGAUGGUAUAAUUAAUUUAGUGGACAUGUUUUUCGACAUGACUAAACAUGAUGCUGUAAAAGCACUUAACAUAUAUAAAAGAGCUGGUCAGCAGGCUGAAUUUUUAGCUGAUUUUUACGAAUUCUCCAAAAGAUUGGAUCUAGCCAGGAACUUUCAGUUCCCAACACUACGACAGCCACCCCCCUCAUUUUUGGCUACUAUGGAGGAAUAUGUCAAAGAAGCACCACACAGCGGUUCUGUUGCAAAGAGACUAGAGUAUCAAGAAAAGGAUGAAUCCCCACACAAAGUUGAAGAACCUGAAAUCGAACAAAGUCAAAAAGAGGAAGAGGAAACAGAAGAGCCCGAGGAAGAGCCAGAGCUUGAGCCAGAGCCUCAACCAGAACCUCCUCCCUUGAUUUCAACGGAUGAUGAUCUUCUUGAAAUAAAUCCAAAAGCUGCAGAAUUGGAAGAAAUUAAUGCCUUAGCUCUUGCCAUUAUUCCACCAGGAGGUGAAAAUCGAUCUUCAGCAAGCAAUGCCUUAACAGAAUUCAGUGGUACAUCAGGAUGGGAGCUAGCUCUAGUUACAACACCCAGCAACAUCAACAGUACUCCGCCUACAGAUACCAAAUUGGCGGGUGGCUUUGACAGCUUAUUACUCAAUAGCUUAUAUGAAGACGAGAAUGCAAGAAGACAGCUACAGAUGCAGAAUGCAGGAUACGGGCCAUAUGGGAUGGGAGCAGGUGCGACACAAGUACACAACCCAUACGAACAACAACAGGACCCCUUUUUCAUGUCAAAUAACUUCGCACCACCCACCAACGUUCAGAUGGCUAUGUCUCAGCAACAUCAACAGCAAAUAAUGAUGCAACAGCAGCAUCAUCACCAGCAACUACCGCCAUCCCAGAGUAUGAUGAUGGUGCCUUACCAAAGCACUUCUCCCACUCAAUACCCUCAGCAGCAAUCCAUGGCUAUGGGUGUAUCUAACCCGUUUGGGGAUCCAUUUUCCGCUUUCCCUCAACAAGCAACACCCAUCCAUGGGAAUCACGGUCUACUUUAGACGAGCUAAUGAUUUUAUCUCUUCAAUUUUUAUGGUUUCUUUAAGUUUUUAUUUUUACUAUCUAGGUGCAACUUAAUCAAUGAUGUAUUCGUUCAUUCUUUUUGUGAGUAAGAAUUUAUUAUUACAUUUUUCUGUUUGGUAUCAUCGUCGAAAUCAUAUACAACAUUGCCAU